AUGAAUAACACACAGCUCCUGUUGAGUGCUCUGCUGCUCCCCCUGCUGAUCAAUUGGUGGGAGCACUUUAAGGGGAGCAACAGGAGAGGUAGGUCACUGCAGGAGGGGGGUGACGCGAAGGUUGACGCGAGGGUUGACCCGAAGGACGACGCGAAGGACGACCCGAAGGAUGACACGCGCGGGGGGGAAAACACCAGCCAGUACUUCAAAUGCUUCGUAGACAAGGCGAAGGAGAACCUCGCCGCGAAGGAGGACGACAUGGCCAGGUGGGUCGACCCCCAAUACAAUUCUUGUUACUGCAGCGAAGAAAACACACAGCCAUGUUCCAUAGAGGACGUAAGCAACACUAAGUUUAUCAACCAAUUGAUGAGGACGGAAAUUUGUGAACUCAAUGACAGGGGAUAUAAAAACAACCUGUUCAUCGUGCUGGAUAAAUACUCCACAAUAAGGUGCUCCAAUAUGGAGAGUAAAACGGAGAAAAUUAAUCAAAUCGAGUUGUACAAUUAUUGCAAGAGUGGGUUGCCUGAAUGGGACAACAAAAGCUUUUACGAGUAUCUCAAUUGUGACAAAGUGAGGAGCAAAAAGGGGGAGAAGCGGAACGAGGGGGAGCAGCAGAACGGGGGGGUGAAGCGGAACGUGGGGGGGCAGCAGAACGAGGGGGCGCAGCAGAACGAGGGGGAGAAGCGGAACGGGGGGGCGCAGCAGAACGGGGGGGAGCAACAGAAGGGUGUGCGAUCAGAGCGAACGUGUGUUGAAUUAUGCAAAAACAUCAAAGCGCUAUGCAACUCGAAGAACUCCCAAUUUUACUCCUUCGAGAUGUGCAGCACGUACUACGAAAUAAAUCAUCUCGCUGCAGAUAUUUUUAGUAGAGUUUUUAAAAAAUUUGAAGAGAGCUGUUCCUACUUCGACCCCACCAAUAGGGGACUACUCCUGUGCAAACAUAAGCACAUACCAUGCGAAUUCAGCGAGUGGUCUGAUUGGAGCACCUGCUCUAAGUCUUGUAAGUAUGGUACUUACGACGCGGAAGCGAUUCGAAGCAGGAAAAGGCACCUAGUUAAGAAAGUCAAGUAUGCUGGGAAGGCAUGCAACAUAGUGGUAAAUGACAAGAACAAACUGUUAGAUGUCGAUUACUGUGAUGAAGUCCCCCUUUGUUCUUCUCCUCACCCGACUAGCGAUGCGUCUAGCAGUGCGUCUAGCAGUCCGUCUAGCAGUCCGUCUAGCAGUCCGCAUAGCAGUGCGCCUGACCAUAGCAACCCUGCCGCUCAAACUCCUACCUCGGAGAAGAUUUACAACCCACCUUUUGUGAUACCACUCAAAGAAAUAGAAAAGGCCAACAUGCUACACGAUUUGAACCAACCGGAUGGAGAUGUCAUAAAUGACACCUUUGUGCAUAACGACUCGGAUACUCUAACGCAUUGUAUCGUGACUGACAUGGAACAGUUCGAAAAUUCAAGAGAGUACAGCGAGAAAGUAAAAUCAUGUACCUGUCCUGCUUACCACUCCCCAUGCUACUUCAAAGAUGUAUAUAAAUCAGACUACUGGAAAGAGUCCUUCGAUCGGCUCUGUGCGGAUAAUCCCAAGCUUAACGCUUUCACUGCAGACUUCGUCAUGCUCAGUUGUGAUCACUCUGUGAGCAUUAAGAAGAAAGAAAUAUCAAUUAAUACAUACCUUGCCAUGACCUUUGAUUGUCGAUCUCCCACAUUUAGAUAUCUGUUCUGCUCCAAGUCUAAUGAAUCCUCUAGGAAAAAUAUUUUUUACAUUAUAUUUACUUGUGCCCUUGCAUUCAUUUCUGCUUUGUAUCUUCUACAUUUGGUUAUUAGCGAGCGUGACAAAUGGGCCUUCUUCAUCACCGGCAUCGUUCGCUCCAAACGCCCCUCCGACGAGGCCGGCCAGAAGGGCAGCCACAGCGGCAGCAUCAGCGGCAGCGACGGUGGCAGCAACAGUGGCAGGGACAAUCGCGGGGACAGUGGCAGCAACAGUGGGAGCGACGCCGGGGGGGGAACCCUACUAGGGCAGACACUCACGAAAGGUGCAACCCUCACGGGAGGUGAUACCCCCCUCGGCACAUCCCCCUACAGGCGACCUUAA